AUGUAUGUGAGCAUUAAAGGAUUCCCAGAAGCAUAUGAGAAGAUUCUAGCACGGUGUAAUGCGUUGUCGUCGUGCCAGCUCGUAAUAUUCGUGUCUUGCCUGAACAUUGACGCGCUCUGCGCGACAAAGAUGCUCGCAGGUCUGUUUAAGCGGCAACUGGUGCAGCUUCAAUUGGUGCCGAUAUUCGGUUAUACGGAGCUGCAGGAGCACUACAAGCAGCUGGACGAGAAUAUCAAGAACGUGGUGUUGGUCGGGUGCGGCGGAAUGAUCGAUCUGGGCCUGUUCCUGAGCCUGGGCGAGGAGGAGACGUCGCGGGACGUGUACGUGCUGGACUGCCACCGGCCUUGGAACCUGGACAACUUGUUUGGGUCUCGCGUGGUGACGUGCUUCGACGAUGGCACAGUGGACGACGGGCUGCAGGCAGAACAGGACGCGUACUAUAGGGUCGCGGCGUUGGAGCAGGAGCUGGGCGACUCCGACGACGGAUCUGAGGGCGAGCCAUCCGGCGGCGAGACCUCGGAAGACGAGGAGGCUGUUCCGGGACAGAAGCGGAGGCUGGAGGGCGGGCGGGCAGAACGCAAGCAGCGCAAGCGCGAGCUGCUCGAGGCGGAAGCGGUGCUCGAGGCAUACUACACGCGCGGCACAACGGUGAGCAAUUCGCUAGCGGUGCAGAUGUACUCGCUUGUGUCUGCGGUCGGAGAGACCAACAUGGAGUAUCUGUGGCUCACGGUGCUGGGCGCGGCCUCGCUAGACGCCGCGUAUCCCCAUGUGUAUCAGCAGCUACAGCGGCUGCUGAAGGAUGAGGUCCGGCGGUUGGCCCCACAAGACAAGACGCGAACGGCAGACAAGCUGAGCAUCGAUGUCCGGCCGGACUACCUGCUCUUUCUUAUGCGCCACUCCUCGCUAUACGACAGCUUCUUCUACUCCAACUACGUGAACGCACGCCUGUCGCUGUGGAAUGAGAACGGCAAGAAACGCUUCCACAAAAUGCUAGCGCACAUGGGCAUUCCCCUGAGCACUGCACAGGAGCACUGGCUGUACAUGGACAACGAUAUCAAACGUCAGUUGGGCGUUAUUUUUGACAAGAACCUGGACAGGUACGGUUUGCAGGACAUCGUGCGGGAGGGGUUUGUGCGCACGUUCGGCUACCGCGGGUCUAUCAGCGCAUCCGAGUUUGUUGAGGCCAUCACCGCUUUGUUGGAGGCCGGGAGCAUGGCCACCGCACACGACGUCGAGAAAGAUGCGCAGCGAGACGAGGGCACGGAAUCGGACCCCACGCAGCUACUUGCACAGCGCCAGAAAGUAUGGGUCAGCAACUUUUGGGCAGCGUGGGACGCUCUGGACGACGACAUGGACCUGCUGAAGCGCGGUAUCUCCCACGCCCAGGCCCUGCAGCGCGCCAUCUUCAGCACCGGCGUAGCAGUGCUUGAAAAGCGCCUGCUUAAGCAUCUCCGCAUAUACCGUCUCUGCGUCCUGCAGGAUGGGCCAUAUCUCUCUCUCUACCGGAACCCGCUAACUCUCCUCCGGCUCGGCAACUGGAUCAUCGAAUACUGCGCCGAGUCUGAUAGCAAACACCUGCUCCCGAUGGUCCUAGCCGCCCUGGACGAGUCCACAGAUACAUACAUCGUUGCAGGCAUGGCGCCGCGGUAUCCGCGCGGUAUGGACAACCUGCAGUCCAGCGACCUCCUCCUCAAUAACUUCAGCGUCAGCUUUCAGCACAUAGCUAGGGAAACAGGUGCAAAAGUACGUAUAGACAACUUUGAAAGUUCCAUUAUCGAAAUCCGCAAAGACGAUCUACAACCAUUUCUCGAAAGGCUUACGCUCAGCGGGCUCUUGUAG